CGACAUUCAAUUUGACUCGACCACAACGACUUUGCGACAACUCAACCACAAUCCGACAGUCGACCUCAAGAUGGUGAAAUUUCUCAAGGUCGGCCGUGUGGCCAUCAUCACUCGGGGACGAUAUGCCGGCAAAAAGGUCGUCAUCAUCCAACCAGUCGAUUCCGGCACCAAGGCACACCCAUUCUCAUAUGCCCUCGUGGCAGGCAUCGAGCGCUACCCCUCGAAAGUGACCCGGCGAAUGGGCAAGAAGCGAGUCGAGAAGCGAUCAAAGGUCAAGCCAUUCAUCAAGCUCGUCAACUACAACCACAUCAUGCCCACCCGAUACACUCUGGAGUUGGAAGGACUGAAGAACGUCAUCUCAAACGACACAUUCAAGGAAGUCUCACAGCGAGAAGACGCCAAGAAGAACGUCAAGAAGGCUUUGGAGGAGAGAUACCUGAGUGGCAAGAACAGAUGGUUCUUCACCCCUCUGAGAUUUUAGAUGGUAUUGUGUUGGGAAAAGUUGUCUUUGCUCGGCAUAUUUAAAGCGAAUCGAGGGCGAGGUGUGUCAGACUUGCGUCCGCCCAUUGAAGUCUGCAGAAACAUCGCAGGAAUAUUUCGACGGUGGCUCUUGUUUGACGGGACGGUCGAUACAUGGCAUUACUUUACAAAGAAUCUAUGUGGAGCCUGACGCAUUUGUCAAGGCUUGGACAACACACGAGUGACCAGUGGAGCGGAGAGCGAUUGAAGACUACCUCGCAUCAAGGUGACCACAACAAUAAAGAAUCAUGAAGACCGAUGUGGAAAACAUUUUUGACGUGCAGUUUGCGGCCAUAAUCGGCGGUGUGUAUUGCAUUACUCGUCUGGGAUAUCUCGUUAUGAU